CGCAAAACACAAACAAUCAAAAUCAGUGUUUUGAUCUCGUGCCAAAGAAUCGAAUGAAUCGCUUGACCGCUUCCGCUGGUUUAAUCCGGCGAUUGGCUUUGCCGCCAAAGGUCGCAUGGCCGAUCUGCCAACGGAUCCAACGGUUUGCCACUGGGGAAGAGUCCGGUGGCAAUCCGAAACCACCGGUGCCGGACGCCGACACUAUCUUCGACAAAAUCAUCCGCCGGCAGAUCCCGGCGGACAUCAUCUUCGAGGAUGACCACUGUAUGGCCUUCAACGAUGUGUCUCCGCAGGGUCCGGUGCAUUUCCUGGUGAUUCCGAAACGGCGUAUCCCAAUGCUGGAGGAUGGAGCCACCGGCGAUACGGAACUGUUCGGCCAUCUAAUGUUGGUGGCCGGUCAGCUGGGUAAACAGAGGGCCCCGCAAGGGUUCCGCCUGGUGGUCAACAACGGCGAACAUGGAUGCCAAUCGGUGAACCAUCUGCAUCUGCACGUCAUCGGGGGACGUCAGCUGGGCUGGCCUCCGGGGUAGUUUAGGUGUUAUGUAAUCGCAGUGCUUUUGUCAAUAAACGAUAGACA